AAAAGACAAUAUAGUAGCAGAUACAUUAUCAAGAAAACUUAAAGCAAAUAUAAUAACAGAAAUUAGUAUCAAAGAAGAUAUUUACAAAAGAAUAAAAGAAAAAUAUAAAAAAGAUAUAUAUCUUAAAAGAAUUUUAAAAGCAUUAAAAGACUCUAAAAGUAAAGAAGCCAAAAGGUUAAAAAAGUAG